GAACUACCCCGGAAAGGGAGGGGCCCCGAGCACUGCCCCAGCACCUAAAACCACGCUGCUCAGGGCUCCGCUUCAGGAAGCUUCCAUCUUCUUCCCUUGAGACCACACCUGCUCCCCAAAGCCAGAGAUGAUCAAGGAGGAACACGAGGUGGCCAUCAUGGGGGCGCCCCAGGGCCCAGGACCCGUGGUGUCCACCGUGGUCAACAUCCAGACAGAGACGGCCGUGCCCGACCACAUCGUCUGGUCCCUGUUCAACACGCUCUUCUUCAACGUCUGCUGCCUGGGCUUCGUGGCGUUCGCCUACUCUGUGAAGUCCAGGGACCGGAAGAUGGUGAACGACGUGAUUGGGGCCCAGAGCUACGCGUCCACCGCCAAGUCCCUGAACAUCGCGGCCCUGGUCCUGGGCCUCCUCGGGACCAUAGGAUCCAUUGUUCUUGUGGUGUUGGUGUUGCCGGCAGCCUACCAUGCAAUACCACCGGGCAUGCAGGGUAGAGGAGGCUAUUAGUUAUCAUCUCCGUCAUGGUAAUUUUUAUCAUUGACUGGCUCGCUGAUGAUAUGGAAGAAACUUUGAUGUCACCAAGAGUUAGGAGGCUUCUGGUGGCUGCCCAUAGCCUGAGGCUGUCACCUCUUCACAGCUGUUCAUACCCACAUGCGUCCCCGACCGAAUGCAAUAAAGGACAUGCACCUGACAA